AUGUCAUCAAUGAUCCCAGAGACACCAAAACAAACUAAAACAUCAACAUCAUAUCAAUAUUUACCAACUCCAGCAACAAAUCAAAAACAAAAACAACAAUUAACAAAUACGACCACCCCAAAAACAAUUAAUUUUCCAUUUACACCUACUAAAUCACCAAGUAAACAUCGUCAUAAAAAACAUGAAAUAGUGAAUAAUGAGAGAAUAUCAUUUGGAUUAUUCUUACCAACGACAUCAACAAUAGGAAGUGGUAGAAAACUAAAUAAUUUAUCAAUAAAAGGUAAAUUAAAACAAGCUGCUGAAUUAGAUAAAAAUAUAACAACUGAUGAAAUACAAUGUGAACAAGAACCUGAAUUUAAAACACCUGGGAAACAAAUAAUAACUAAGGAUAUAGUAAAUGAAUGGAAUGAGGAAAAGGAUGAUGGUGUUGAAAUAAUAGAUCAAGAGAAGGUUAAUGAAAUACCCAGGGCCAAAUUAAAAAAUCCAUUCAUUGAUGAUGGAGAAGAUAGACAUAUUGAUAAGAUGCUGAGUAAGAAUGAGUGUGAUAUUGAUUAUAAUACUCAUAUGGAAUUAAUUAAUAAUAAAACUGGUAAAAAGAAGAUUUUGAAAUUGACUAAAAAUCAAAUGAAGAUAAAACCAAAGAAAUUAUCAUUUGAAAACUGUUAA